AUGUUCAUCACGAUCACGGGGCUCUCGUUCAACUGGGCCAUCAACGUCGAUCUGCAGAUGAGCGUCGUCGUCCCCUGGAGGAGAAACUCGUCGAACGCGUGGCAAAUCCUGAUCUCCCAUCUUUUCGGCGAUGCCGCCGGCCCGUACUUGAUCGGAAUGUUAUCGGAUCGUUUCCGUGAGCACCGUGACACUCCAUGGGAUCGAUUCGUCUCCCUUCGCACCGCAUUCUACAUCCCAAAUGCCAUGUGCUUACUAUCGGUGAUCCUGUUCUUCGUGGCGGCGCUAACAGUACUCCGCGAUCAGGCCAUCUACCGAAGGGAAAUGGGUCUGCCCGACGACCCUGCCUGCCCCUCCUCCUCCCGCCGAAAGAGCCAAGUGAGCUGCAUCUCGGCCCUCAAGGAGAAGGAGGCCAUCGAAAUGUCGAGACGGAGCAUCAGCAGCAGA